GUAGGAAUGGAGAUAUCAACCAUCCCGCCAAUCCUGAUUCCUGUCAGUAAUACAGAAGGAUCGUAUACAGACACCACAACUUUAACUGAAGGACACUCUGACACGGAAUCCGUGUUGAGACUAGAGGUCACUACAUCACAUGGUCAAGACGUUUCCCUGACAACGGAUGAACCAUCAUCGCGUACUAAAAUGACGACAAUGAAAUUAGACCAAUAUAUAUCACGUGCACAGGAAGGGCCGCUAUUAUCAGAAAUGCCACCACUUCUUGUCAAUGAUACGGGGAUAGAAUUGGCAAAAUUAACCACAGGUAUUAAUAACUCGACCGAGGAGACAAACGGACCAUUGUCGCAUGUUACUGUGACAUUAAAUGUAUCAAAUCAGCUCAUACCUGCUGUCAAAGAAACGCCGCUAGAAUUAGAGAAACAAACGGUAAAUCAUAAUUUAGCGGAAUUAGCAAAACCAACAUCUGAAAUUUCAGCGCCAUUGGACAAAACGACUUCCGGUGUUGAUGAAACUGUUGUGAAAUUAGUCGAAGCAACAUUUGGUUACAACAAAGCAAACAAUUCUGGUGUUAAUGAAACAUUAGUGAAAUCAGAAAAACCAGCUUUCAAUAUAAAUGAAACGUCUGUUUUAUCAAAAACUUCCGAUACGAAUUCAACUGUGGGAUUCGACAAGGCAACCUCCGGUGUUAUUGAAACGUCUGUGAGUAAACACAAUGAAACUUCCGGUGAAAAUGAAACGUCUGUGAGAAAAGCCAAAGAAACAUCCGGUGUUAAUAAAACGUCUGUGAGAUUAGACAAUGAAACUUCCGGUGUAAAACAAACGUCUAUGAGAUUAGACAAACAAACUUCCGGUGCUAAAGAAACGUCUGUGAAAUUAUCCAAAGAAACAUCCGGUGUUAAUAAAACGACUGUGAGAUUAGACAAUGAAACUUCCGGUGUUAAUGAAACGUCUGCUAGAUUAGCCAAAGAAACUUCCGGUGUUAAUGAAACGUCUGCUAAAUUAGCCAAAGAAACUUCCGGUGUUAAUGAAACGUCUGCUAGAUUAGCCAAAGAAACUUCCGGUGUUAAUGAAACGUCUGCUAGAUUAGCCAAAGAAACUUCCGCUGUUAAAGAAACGUCUGUGAUAUUAGCCAAAGAAUCUUCCGGUGUUAACGAAACGUCUGUUAAAUUAGAUAGGGUAACUUCCAGUGUUAUUAAAACGCCUGCUCAGUUAGACAAAGUAAUUCCCGGUGUUAAUGAAACGUCUGUUAAAUUAGAUAGAGUAACUUCCCCUGUCAAUAUCGAGUCGGUACAAAGUUCCGUGCGGAGCCCUGUCAAUAGUAAGAAGACUGAGCAUUUGACAAACUUCAAGUAUCCUCUCGAUAUAGAUAUGGUCGCGCUCGUUAAAAAAUUAAAAUCUAAUAAAGCUGUAGAUCAGAAACCUAUAUUUCCAUACACGUAUACAUUUUCUUAUCACCGAAUAGACAGAUGCGAAAAAGAUCCGCCAUUUUUCAUUUUCCUUAUCAAAUCUGCUCUCAGGAAUUUUGAAAAUAGGACGGCGAUCCGGAGUACUUGGGCACAUUCAAAACUGCAAAAGAAAUAUAAUUUCGUUACGGUGUUUUUUGUUGGAACGUCAGAAAACAAAGCAAGUAAAUCGGCAUUUAAAAAGGAGAGUAGUAAAUACAAAGACAUAGUACAGAUGUCGUUCCGUGAUGACUACUAUAACAACACAUUAAAGACAAUAGGCGCGAUUCACUGGACCGUGAAACACUGUAACAGGUCUAAAUUUGUCGUCUUUGUGGAUGACGAUAUGCUUGUCUCCACCAAAACCUUGUAUCAUUAUAUGCGGCAGAGAGUGGCUGGACAGACCUUUUUUGGUGGCCGUAUUAUCACCCAGUAUCCUCAGCGCCGUAAGAAGGAUAAGUGGUACGUCUCAUUCAAAGACUACCCAUACAAACUCUACCCACCAAUGCCUUCAGGAGGCUUUCUAAUCAUGACUAUGAACUUCGUUAUAGACCUACAUCAUGCUUCUCAGUACACGAAGAAAUUUAUCUACGAUGAUUGUUACCUGGCGAUAUUAGCGUACAAGCUGCAUGUGGCACCUGUAGACAUACCUACAGUCUAUAUGGAACCCAUACAUCCUAAUCGCAGACUCCUCCGUUCUAGUAUAGCAAUCCAUGGAUACGACCCGGACCUACUCAGACAUGUCUGGCACCUGUUAAAGCGCGGGUAUAAUAAACAUCGCCUUAAACCUUAGUUCACCACUGUGACUAACGAUAUAUUAUAGAUUAAAACUUAGUCCACCACCGUGACUAACGGUAUAUUACAAAUAAAAACUUGACAAUAAACUUCACAAAUAUUACAAAAAAAAAAAAAAAUAUUACAGAUAAAAAGCUAAUCGCUUUGCUGUCAAAAUAGAAAGAUGUACCGGUAUGGAUUGAUGAUUCUUUCUCAUCUAGAUAGUUAGUUCCGACUACAACGAUGACGAAGUCGACGUUGGUUAAUGCAUUAGAAACUCACAGACACGGAUAUCAACAUUUAUAGCAUUGCUUUAUGACGCUGUUUGUUCAGGUAUCAGAAGCUCCGUCAGACAUGAACGUCCAGAUUCAUAGCACUGGUUUCUGAUAUCACCAUAGAUCGUGUACGUUAAAUCAUGUGGAACGUGCUGUCUUUGGGUUUCGUCGGCCAUCCACGCCAUAACUUUCUGACGUCACUUCUGACGCUGAAUGUGGAAGACUCCUGGGCGACUCUACAAUGCUCUGACUAUUGUCUGGACAGCAGACUGUCAGCGAGGAGAAAUCGUCGUCAGAAUGUCCCAGUCAUCAUCACCAAGAGGUAUGUAAGAGGCAUAUUGGGAAACUUGAAGCAACUUUAACGAACCUGUUUUAAAAGCAAUAUGACAAACAACUUACAUCUACGAUAAUAAUGAAGACAUCAGACGGAGAAAUAGUUCAAAGUUCUUCGAAAAUAUAUGAUAA